AUGACUGCUAGUGAUGACGAUGGGCUCGAAUCCGUUCUCGGAGAUGAUGAUGAAUUUCAAGAAGCCGCUUUGUUUGUCCAAAAUAAUCUUUCGUUAUUCUCUCGUGAUGAUCUUCUAUAUUUAUAUGCACGUUUCAAACAGAUAACUGUUGGUGAUACGAACAUUCCCCGGCCAGGUUAUUUCAAUUUCGAAGCUAAAGCUAAAUGGGAUGCAUGGAACGCUCUGAAAUCUAUGUCGAAAUCUCAAGCGUCAGAAGAAUAUAUUGAGCGUGUGACCAGUAUCAAAGACAAAAAUCACAUUGAAAAUCAAAAAUCGACCAAAACAGGUCCAAGUGUCAGUCGACUGGUAGCGCAUAGUGAUGAACAAAUGCCCACUGAUGAUAAAAAAACUAUUUAUGAAUUCUGUCAAGAUGGUAACGAAAAACGCGUCGAACAAAUGCUUAAAAAUAAUUUCGAUGUCAACAAGCCAGAUGAAAUGCAAUUAACGCUAUUGCACUGGGCAGCAGAUCGCGGUAAUGAGUCAAUGAUCAAGUUAUUAGCUAAAUACAAAGCUGAUCUUAAUGCGCGUGAUGAAGAUGGACAAACACCAUUAUUUUAUGCUGCGCAUUCAAGCAGCAUUCCUUGUAUUAAACUUUUACUUGCACUUGGCGCUGAUCCGACCAUUCCGAAUAACGAUAACGAACUACCAUCAUCCGUAGCUGAGACAGAGGAAGAAAAAGCUGUUUGGAACAAACACUAA